AGUUACUGAUGACAUUUCUCGUCAUCCUGUGAAGGGGUAAACAGUAGCAGUUUUGCAAAGUAUCAGUGCAGCUCUGCUGGUUCAAAGGGAACCGUCUGCCUACUGAAAUACUUUGCAGAAUGUGUGCCUCCAUAGAUCAGCAAAUUGAGGUGAGGUUAACCAACUUGCUCAAGGUCAUGGAGUGUCAGUGACAGAGUUAGCAAUAAUGGAAUCCAGCCAUCCUGGCUGCUGGCUCUGUGCUCUCAUCAUUGGGUGGCGCUCCCAAAUAAUUGCAGGUAGUUUAAACAUCGGUUUGCGUAAAUGCACGUUGAGGCCUUCAAAACAUUUUGGAGAAAGAAAAUGUUUAUGGUGUGCUUCAGGUCCCAUGCUGCAUUUGCAGGUAGCUUAAAGUGAUUGUUCAGCUUGGCAUAGGAGGGAGUUUUGAAGAAGACUUUGGGGUUUAUUUUGUAAAUAUGCACUCAAAAAGCAUCAGUUUUACUGAGUAUAUAGUGUAGAAAGACUUGUGUAGAUUUAGGGGGUAGAUCAUGAGAUGUAACAAAAGUAGAUUACACUGUAAUUAGUCAACUUUUAAAACAGCAGUGUGGAGACAUGACUGUGAAGAGUUUUUCUUCAGAAUGAAGUGUUUACUCGAUGACAUUCUGUAGAGUUAUUUGCAGUUAUUGUGAAGAAAAACAACCAACAAAUGCACUGGGAAGCCAUGGUGAUGAGUGUGUUGGAAGUUAAAAUGGGAACAAAAAAGUUCCUCAGUUGAUUUAUUUAUUCAGCAGAUACUUGUUAAGUAAAAACAAAUCACAAUGGAUGUUAUUUCUGACCCUGGAGAGCAGUUACGUUUCACUUCGUGUUUUUCUCUGUCAAGUUAAAUUUAUGAAGAAAGGGAUUUCAGAGGAAACACUGGCAGAUCUGUGCUAUUGUGACACCAGCAGUAUAUAUUUAGUAACUUUAGGGAGGAAAGAUCCCUAUUGUGCUGAAAAAAUACCGGUGACAAUUGUUUGUCAGGACUUCAAAGGGCCCUGAGAAGUGAGCUGGCAUUGUUCAGGUGUUACCUCUGACAGAUCCCUGCUCCUGUGGGAAUUUCAUCGGUACUGCUGGGAGAAGCCCAUCUGUGCAGUGCAAAUCGCAGGCCUGAGACCACAGAUCCUGGGUUGGGACAGAUUUGCUUGUGCUUACCUUUAUCUGCAAGUGUUGUGGUGACUGUUGACCACAAAAUUUAGUGGUUGUGGUGCAGUGGAGGUGCAGAAGAGCGGCAGCUGAAUUUCUGUUCAUGAACUGUCUGGGGUAUGUGACCUUAUUCUCACUGUUAGAGCUGCUGUGGGGUUAAUCUGGGCAGAGAGGUUGUGGUGAUACAAACUUCCUCUGUAAAAAUGUUGGCAGUUUCUCGUUGAUGGGAAAGGUGUGCUGUCAUCAAGUCUAUCAAUACUAAACCAUCACAUCUCCCCAGCAUAUGUGUGGUUUAUCAAUCAGUCUUUGGGAAAAGUGCUUUUACUGCUGUCACUUGGUGAGAUGUCCCAGCAAGGCGAGUUCUAAGCUAGAACUGUUGUCUUGAAAAGGCUGCUGGUUGCUUUUUUAGGAAUCCAGAAAUUUAUACCCUGAAUGACACUGCUGUGUCAGCAAAUGUGUCUACUAUAGUCCUGCCAGACGUCACUUUUGCAAGUUUGGGUGGUAGCUCCUCAUCCAGCCAAGUUAAAUAGGAAAAGGAAGCAAUAAUGGGAUAUACUUUUUUAAGAUUGGUGGCUUUCUGCAUGCAGGUUGUGGAAUCCUGGGAGUUUUGCACGCUGUUUUCCACAGAUGUGUAACAAAAAUGAGCCUGUUGAUAGGUGUUGUGAUCCUUUCCUCCACUGAUGCUGAGAAUUGUGGGGGUUUGGACCCUGAACACUUGCCAUGGACUGAGCUGAAGAAACUGGAGAUGUGGGAUGAAGCCAGGAAUUGGAAUGAAACAUGUGCAGUGUUUAAAUAAAAAAACUAAAGCAUCAAAAUAAUACUGAUUAUUAUAAACAGUACUUGAAAAUGUUAUUAAACAUAGUCAAUUAAGUUGUCUAGCAGUAGCUUGCUGUUGGUUUUAUGGUAGCUAAAAACAUUUAUUUGAAAAAAAUCCCUUUUGUUAAUGUCAAAAUUUGCCUGUAUUUCUGUUACACAUGAUGUUCCAAGUUUAGAUAGGUAUGAGAACCAAAGAUUCCAACAUAUUCUUACUGUGUACUGCAUUGAGCUAACUUUGGUAAGAGAAAUUUAAAUAAAUAAUUCUUAAUCUUCUGCCUAUGACAAGCAUCAAAAGGUAUUUUGUAUUCCUACAUGCUGGCAGUUUUUCCACAUUAGCUUUUCAUAUAGUCUUUAUAUGUUUGAAUGGAACAAUGAAACUCACUUUGCAAUCGUGCAUGAAGUUGUUCAAGAAAUAAUACUUACACUUGCUGUACAAAGUCAUCCCAGAAUUUGUUGAUUCUUCUGAAACAAAAGAGAUUCACCAUAAUUCCAAGAAGCACUCAGAACCCAAAUUACCACUUAGAGAGUCAUUUCUUUUUCUAGACUCUUCUUAAUAAGGUAACAGAACAUCAGCUUGGAACACUAUCAUUGGGGAUUUGUUUUCAGAAUAUUAUUAGUAGCAUUUCAGUGAAGUGGAAACAAACCUGUGCUCUGAAAAGGAACUGGAUCAUGGGGAAAGACAUUCCAAAUUGCCAAAAUGCUUUGGAAUUCUUAAACGAUUCAAAAACUGAAGUCUCUGAGGAUACAAAAUCAUAAGAACACAAGAAGCAGCAAGGAGGAUUCAGUGCCAAUGCAGCAACAAAAAAGACAGCCAGAGUUAGUGGAAGGAAAUCUUCCUGUUUUUGUUUUUCCUACAGAACUUAUAUUUUAUGCAGAUGACCAGUCAACACACAAGCAGGUGUUGACUCUAUAUAACCCCUAUGAGUUUGCCUUAAAAUUCAAAGUUCUUUGUACAACUCCAAAUAAAUAUGCAGUGGUGGAUGCUACUGGUGCAGUGAAGCCUCAGUGCUGUGUUGAUAUUGUGAUUCGUCACAGAGACGUUCGGGCUUCUUACUAUGGUGUCAUAGAUAAAUUCCGUCUGCAAGUGUCUGAGCAGAGCCAGAGGAAAGCAUUAGGGAAAAAGGAGAUUAUUGCUACUCUGCUUCCAUCUGCAAAGGAACAACAACAACAAAAGGAAGAGGAGGAAAAACGAAUAAAAGAACACCUGGCUGAAAGUGUCUUUUUUGAGCAGACUUUGUGUCAACCAGAAAACAGAACUGCCUCGUCGGGACCUAGUUUACUCACAGUCUUCCUUGGAGUAGUGUGUGUCGCAGCACUAAUGCUACCUACAUUGGGGGAAAUGGAAUCCCUGGUGCCUCUCUACCUCCACUUAAGUGUGAAUCAAAAGUUAGUAGCUGCUUAUGUUUUAGAUUUGAAGAACAGUCACACUAAACUCAAUUCUCCUGUCCCACUACGUGGCAGAAAUGAGGAUUUAAAGGAAAAGAGCUAGGCAGCUCCAAACUGAUAGCUAGAGGUCUCAUCACCAUGGUUAUUUUGAGAACAUGAGCAAUGAGUUCAUAGGAUGUCAAACACCUUACUGUAUAUUCACAUCAUGAAUGUGGACUGCCUUUUACUCCCAUUUGGCUCAUUAAGAUGCUAGCAAAACUGUUCAGUGAUUUAAGAUACCUUCAGAAAUGUAAUAUAUUUUAACUGUGUAUAAUAAAUGAAAGACUCAAAGCACUUUGCAGUGCUUCUGUAACAGACAGCUAUGAAAUGUUCAGUGAUACCUGUGAAAAUAAUUUGAAAAAAACUUUUAUAUCUAUGCCUACUGUAAAAAAUCCUUAUUAAAACAACAUUUGUUAUUUUUAGUCUAUGUUCACAUCAGUGCGUGAUCACUAUAAAAGCAAACUGUCUUCUGUAAAAAACCACUCAUUUGGUUUGUGGUUGUACCUGCCAAGGCUGGCACGUAACACUUCUGUAUAUACAUACCAGAGGGGUGAGAGUCAUGACUGAUCAUUGAAGAAAAUGAAAAAUUCCAUCAAUGGAACUAUGAAAUAAACCGUGAAUUUUAGGUGAAGAAGUAAUUCUCAAAUUUCUUACUUCAUCAUUACCAGUGUAUCAUUGAGUGCUCAUUUUCUUACCUGGAGAAAUAAUUUCUUGCAACAGCCAUUUUGUACCACAAUUAUUAGAUAAUAAAAACAAAUUUCUGUAAUCAGAUCCCUUCAUUUCUUAGGGAUGCAUGGAAGUGGCAUUAAUGGAAGCUGAACUCAUAUUAAUACAAAAUUCACCAUUUUUUCUAUUUUAGAGACCAAACUAAGUGAAAUAGCAAAAUUUCUCUACAUCCCUCCUCCCACAGCUACCACAGCGAAUUCUAUCAGAAACUCCUGCUUAAAUGCCAGUUUCAUAUUUGAGGUGAACAUUAAUCUUGUUUCAUACAACAAGUAUUUCCCUUCAUAUGACAUUUCAUUGUCGAGAUGUUAAUUCUAAAAGGGCAGCUAUUACUGCAUUGGAUUCAUACAGACAAAUCUUUGUUUGUAAGAAGUCUAUAGAGUAUGCUCUGAUAUGAAUAAUAAAGUUUGGAAAUCAAACCUUUCCCCCUGCA